AUGGCAGAUAGGUUUGAUCCUGAUUCCUUACUAGCCUUGGAAAAAGCCUUCCUCAAAGUACCCCUUGUACAGUUCAGAGGAUCUACCUCAAAGGCUUAUAAGAAUUUUGAAAAGGAAUCAAAACACAUUCAAAUGCAAAUCAAACAAUUACAAAAUGAACUUGCUUUAAGUAAUAAAGUCGAUCCUGAUAAAGUUAAGGAAAUUCACGAAAACAUUGAAAAAUGGCUUGGAAGCUCAAAAGUUGAGUUUCUUGAGGCUCAUGGUGAAGGUCAAAAGCAUGUCGCAAGAGGCCGACAGCGUGUUGAUCAUCUCGCUGAAGUAUCUUUAAUAAAUAAUAUUUAUGAUCCAAAAUACAAAGAGUGGACUGGAAAACGUGCUGACCGCGUUAUAGUCGAUUAUUUACUGAGGGAAGGUUUUCGUGAUACUGCAAUCCAAUUGGCUCGAGAAUCCGAUAUUGAAUCCUUAGUUGAUAUUGACCUGUUUACAGAAGCUCAUGUUAUUGAGCAAGCUUUGAGAAAAAACAGAUGUACAGAAGCUUUAAGAUGCACCCUUGAAUUUCUUCUUCGUGUACAAGAAGUUAUCGAGUUAUGUCGCGAAAAUAAAAGAGAGGAGGCCCUUAAAUAUUCAAAAGAACAUUUCAAAGCCUAUAUAGAUGUUAAUAAAAAGAGUGCUCAAGAUCCUAAAAAGUCGGAUUCUCAGCCUGGUCCUAUUAGGAGACGUGAUAAUGUUCUAUACGAUCCUAUUCGUUGGGGACGACUAAUUGCUCGCUUUCGAAUUGACUUUUAUGAGUUAAAUGCCCUCCCUUCUCAACCUUUAUUGAAUGUCACCUUACAGGCUGGAUUGUCUGCUCUUAAAACCCCAAUGUGUUAUCAACACGAUAAUAAAAACAUUGAUUGUCCUGUAUGUUCUCCAGAUACUCUUGGCACUCUUGCAAAAGGCUUGCCAAUGAAUCAUCACGUAAAUUCGACUUUAGUAUGUCGAAUUAGUAAAAAGAUUAUGAAUGAAGAUAAUUAUCCUAUGAUUUUACCAAAUGGUUGUGCUUAUUCUCAUGAUGCACUAGCUGAAAUGGCUUCAAAAAACAAUGAUAAAGUUACAUGUCCUCGUACUGGUGAAAUUUAUGAAUUCUCAAAGUGUAAAAAAUUGUACAUAUUAUAG